UGGUGUUUGCAGGAGCUUGGGGAAGAGAGAGCUUACAUUAGUGAAACCUUGUUCACCUUCAUCUUUUUAUCCUUUGUCUUGACUUGUCAGUUUCUUCGAAUCCUGACAUUCUACUCCACCCACCUUCCUGGUCCAAAUUACCAUUGUCGUGAGUUCCGAGGGGUGUACUAUGGCUGUGGCGAUUUGAUUUUUUCAUCACACAUGAUCUUUAGUCUCACCUUUGUGCACACUUAUCAGAAAUAUGGCACACAAAGAAACUGAAUUUGAGGGAGCACAGAGGCAGCAACCAAAUAUGAAGUGAUGAAAUGAUGAUGAGAUGAACUUUGAGUCAUUGAACACUUUGUUUUCAACUAUUGCACUUAGUUAUUGUAUCAUUUGAUAUUUUGAUUCAUUUGUGUGAACUGUGAACUAUGAAUUAUUGACUUAAAAUUCGUAUGAACUAUGGAGUGAUGAAGGGGAUGAACUGAAGUGAAUAAGUGAUGAACUCAAGUAGUGAAGUUGAUGUA